AGAGCAGAGUUUAAACCGGAUCUAGCAGCCAGGAAAUUACCGCGUGGUCACCGGUGGAAGAAGAAGAAGAAGGUUUGUUUUGAAGCGUGGCUGCUCGCUUCCUACAAUGUGCUCCACAUUUUCCAUCCCGACAAACAUAAUGUCGCCCCCGGAGACAUCUGUGGACAGCAGUAGUGAAGGCGAAGAGUCGAAGGGGACGAAAAGAAAGGUUUCUCUCUCGAAUUGUGGUGUUUGUGGCACAGAGGAGGCCAAGUACAAGUGUCCUGCCUGUUUCACACAUUCUUGCAGUUUGAUUUGUGUGAAGAAACACAAGGAAAAAUCAAAAUGCACUGGUGUUAGAAACAAAACAGCUUUCGUGACUCUUUCUCAUUUUGAUGAAAUGGCACUUCUCAGUGACUACAGAUUUUUGGAGGAUACAGGAAGGUUUGCUGAUGGUGCCCACAGAGAUCUCAUUCGUGUUCCUCGUGCUUCUUGGAAAGUGAAGAAGCUGAUAGUCAAUGCCAGAAAGAUGAACAUCACACUGAGAACACUUCCCAGCACAUUCACCAAGAGCAAAGAAAACUCCACCAUCUUUCUGCAUAAAGAAAAACUGUUUCUCUGGCACCUGAAGAUCAUGUUUCCUCAGAGUGGUGCAGAAUUCAGCCAGAGGAGGGUGUCUCACGGACUAACACUUGAACAUAUCUUGACUCCUUAUAUACACCCUACAGAGUCCGAUCCCGUGAUACGCCAAAAGUUGAAGAGGUAUGUAGAAGCCCCGAUUGAGGAUGUCAAUGUUUUCAUGAAGGCAGAAGGACGAAAGGCAAACUCAGUCAGGUACCACAAGUUGGAGAUAGAGAAGAGCCUAAGAGACAACUUGAGCUACAAAAUACUGAUUGAGUAUCCUGUACUCCAUGUCGCACUGAGGGCUCAUUGGAAGGACUUCCCGUUGAAAGGACCAGCUGAGGUCGCGUCAGCCUGCGAAAAGUUCGCAACAAAGAGUCAAGCGGCGGACCAAGCAAGCCAGGACCAGAGACGAUCUUCACCUCUCCCGAAUGGUUCUCAAAAAACCGACCUCGCCACGGCACAGUCAAGCCCUGAAACGGAGCCCCCGCAAAAGAAAAGGGCAAAGACUGAAUUAGAGGAGGGAGAGAUCGAGGACAGUGAUGAUGAAGAUGAGAACACUGGGGAAAAUACCAGCACCUCCAUUAAGAUAUGUGCUGGUGCCAACAGCCUUGUUAAUUCCAUAGACAUGAACAAAGAUGGACUGAUAGACAGAGAGGAUGAUAAUUGUAUUACCGGUAAUAAAGAUGCCAACACUGUUGAUGACAAUGGGGAUGCCAAAGAGAGUUCAGAGGUCAGCAUGGCUGAGAAUGCUAUGAAAGAGCCUCUUUCUAUCCAUCAGUCUGUUAUUACUCCCAGCAGCCCUGAGUUGGAGUGACACAGUCCAAUUUGCAUAUACUCACAAGUAUUCUUGGUAUCAUGUAACCUUUUUUUGUUCAUAUUUUCUUCAAUAAAUACAUUUUAUUUUAA